UGUGGUGGUGUUGGUGGUAAAGAUGCACCAGAAUUCAUAAGCCAAAUAUCAAAUCAAACAAUCGCACUUGGUCGUGAUGUUGUAUUUGAAUGUACAGUCAAUCAUUUAGGCUCAUACAAGAUUGCCUGGCUAAAAAUCGAAACACUCGAUAAUACUGAUGAUGAUAAUGAUGGUGAUGGUGGUGGUGGCAAAAAUUUUCCUACAAUUGAACCGGAAUUAAUUUCCAUACAAACACAAUUGAUAACAAAAGAUCAACGUUUUCGUGUUGCAAAUAAUAAUCAAAAACAAUGGUUCCUUUAUAUUAAACAGGUGAAAUCAAUUGAUAAAGGAUGGUACAUGUGUCAGAUAAAUACCGAGCCACUUAUAAGUCAAGCUGCCUUUCUCGAUAUACUUGUUGCCCCAACAAUCGAUUAUAAUGCAACCAGUUCAGAUGUUAGUGUUGAUGAAAGACAUCGCCUGUCCAUACAUUGUCGUGCAAAUGGCCAUCCAACACCGAAUAUUGUUUGGCGUCGUGAAGAUAAUAAAGAUAUCAAUCUUGGCCUUUAUGGUGGUAAACGAUAUUCAGCAAAAAAAGUUGAAGGAGAAUUUCUUAACAUUACUCAAGUAACAAGAGAUGAUAUGGGCGCAUAUCUUUGUAUAGCAUCCAAUUCAGUGCCUCCAAGUGUAAGCAAAAGGAUUAUUGUACAUGUCAAUUUUCGACCAAAAAUCAAAGUAUCCAAUCAAUUGGUCGGAUCAACCAUUGGCAGUGAUGUACAAUUGGAAUGUCGUUGUGAAGCAUCACCACGGCCAAUAACAUCAUGGAUUCGUUAUGAUGGCCAAACGAUACCGAAAUCAUUAACGACCAAAUAUAAAAUGAAUGAAGAACAUGAAUCAUAUCGUACAAAAAUGAAAUUACGAAUAUUCAAUUUGGAUGAAAAAGAUUUCGGUAGCUAUAAAUGUGUUGCCAAAAAUGUAUUGGGUGAAAAAGAAGGUCUAGUUCGUUUAUAUGAAAUUGCACCACCAUCUACACCAUACAUGUUAUCAUCAUGGCCAACAUAUAUCUAUACAUAUCAAGGCCGGCAACAGAAUCAACAAUUGCAAAAUUUUCAUCAAUCAAAUAAUAAUUUGACCAAUAAUAAUAAUAACAACAAUCUGAUGGGAGAUAAGAACUAUGAUUACAAUGAUUAUCAACAUCAAGCAUCGUCAUCAUCAUCAUCAUCAUCAUCAUCUUCGGCAACAACGGCAACAAAAACAACGAUGAUUAUGGUGGAAAAACCAAUAAUUACAAUCUUGUGUUUUGUUUACAUGAUGAAAUCAUUCAUUGUUUAAUUGGACACACACACACACAUUUUGAUGAUUUUUU